AUGCCCAACGAAAUACAGUCGAACGAAAAUAACGCUAACGCGAUAGACGCGGUCGCCAACUUCCGACUUCCGACCUUUUGGACCCAAUCACCUGCGUUCUGGUUCAAUCAUGCUGAAGCUAUGUUCGCGGCACAACGCAUCACAGCUAACGCGUCGAAAGUGCAUUAUGUCGUUGGAGCAUUAGACCAGGCAACAAUCCGAACCGUCGGUGACCUGCUCGGAACUUCGGCGUCGUAUGAGGCAAUACGCGCACGCCUCACCGAAGCAUUCGCAACGUCAAACGCUGCCAAGUACCGGGAACUUGUCCGACCGGGAGGUUUAGGCGACCGACGACCUUCACAACUGCUCCGUGACAUGCGCGGCAACCUGCCGCCUGGCAUAGGCGAAGAGGCGCUGAAGGAAUUCUGGAUGCAGAGACUGCCGUCAAACGUCAGAGUCGUCCUCCACAGUCUCGACGCCUCACUCGACGCAGUAGCCGCGCGUGCGGACCUCAUCAUGGACGCGUCCAAUCCGUUAGACGUCGACGCGGUCAGCAGAGAGGUCGACACUGAUCUCGCCGGAACUGUCGCGUCACUGGCGAAGCAGGUGCAGGCGUUAACACAGCUGAUCAGCUCACCUGCAGGGACGCAGCAACGACAUUCAGCACCGACCGACGCGGGACAACUACCGCCGUCCCAGAGAUGCUACUACCAUGAAACGUACGGCGCCAAGGCUCGCAAGUGCCGUCCGCCGUGUAAUUUCCGUCCGCGGAACAGCAGCGACUCUGCUCCGGCGGAAAACUAA